CCCAUCGGCGCCGCUGCGGGAGACUACCCGCUCUUGGCCCUCCCUGAGCAGCGCCAGGCCCGCCCUUCGCUCACCAACAGGGCCAGUCUUCACCUCGAUCGCUGCGCCGGCGCCGAGCAGCGCAUCAGCCUGCCGCCGUCCCUGCGCCACUCGUACGACGAGAAGCGCGCUACCCCUAGCCUAUCGCCGGUUGAGGAACCCGAAGCAGGCCCGUCGACCAGCCGGCAGUCCCUUCAUUUGGCAGUUCCCGAAACCCCGCGGUUCAGGAACAGGGGCUCGAGCUUCACCAAGCUCCAAGCACCGCUCGGCCUCAGCUUGAGGGCUCUGCCUGGGUCGAGGUCACAGAAGGAGGACAACAGCAACAACAAUAAGGGCAAAGGCAAGGCACCCGUCAUGGCGCCGCCAGAAGACACCGCCGCUGCGGGGGACGACGGCUUCGCGGCAGACCUCGAGCGCGGGCCAGACGUCCUCCAUCAUCACCAGCGGCACUCGACAGCGUCGGGCCUGUCGGUGGGCGCGGGCAUCGGCUCGGCCAUCUCGUCGAGCAACUCGUCCAUCAUGGGCGACCCGGACCAGCCCCCUGACAACGGCGAGGAAUGGGGCCCUCAGCACCCCUGCUACCCGCAUCUGAACCCGCACGUGCCGCUGGACUCGCCCGAGUACGCCAACACGCGCAUCAUCCGCGUCCGCCGCGAUUGGCUGCUAGAGGGCGACCUCGCGCCGACCUUUUCGAAUCUGUACCCGGACAUUCUGGACCCCGCGGGGGUUUCCGAGCAGGAGUUUCGGCGGGUUAUUGACAAGCUGAACGGCGAGCUCGUGCCCAUUUUCAGUCCAUACGCCUGGCGGAAUAUUCUGGAUAAUGUGCUGGGGCUGGCGACGGGGUGGCUGUGGGACGACCUCGGUUUUACCGCGGCCAAGACGCGGCUUAGGAGUCUGGAGAAGUGGAUUGAGCAGUGGAAUGCCGAGAUGGAAAAGACGGCCGGGUCCGAGGAGGGUGUUAUUCCGCCCAAGAUUGUGCCAUUGAGGCGGACAGGGUAUAUGACGCUUGAUAUCCAAAUACCCGAUCCUGAACUGGCGCCUGCUUCGCCCACCACGGCUACUGCUUCGCGCGAUGGGCCGGAGUCUUUGCCUGAGCCACCUGCUGCCAUCACGGCAUAGGACCUAACAUGUUGUUUCCUUCUCCUUUCUCUGGGGUCUUUUUGCUCCCUAUAUUGUCUCACUUAUACCCCGUGAUUGUCUGGCUUGGCUUACGCCUGCAUAUACCUACUUUCCAUGCUUAAUGUCGUGGCUGGAUUGUUGUGGACUAGGCAAGACUUUUUGUGUGCUUUGUACAUUUUCAGACAUGG